AUGUUGGCACUCAGCAUUGUUGUCGAAAUGUUUUCCUGGGCUCGCCCGUUCUCCAAACUCAGUACAUUCCCUGGGAGGAGAACCUGGCGCCUGGGCAGCCCGGAUGGCCCACAGCCUCACUCCCCUGCUCCUCUGCGUCAGCUCCGCAUCCAGCAGGCAGCUCGCCACAGGCAGGUGACCCCAUGGUCCUGGAUCACAGCUGCAAACGACAGUGGUGGGGAGGCAGCCACAGCUGGUUUCCAAGGAGACGUGUCUUUGAACAGGCAACUUCAGGCAGAAAGGACCCUGCCGGACACGCGACCUCCAAGCCCCACUCUUGGGCCACCUGGGGACAGCCGGAGAAGGAGCCUGGACCCAACGGGCACUCGGGUCUCUACUGUCUUUAUUACCACUUAG